CGCUCGUCUGAUAUAUCGAUGAGUCCAAUGGCGCUUCACCCCGUCUCGUUGACGUGCUCGACUCGGCCUCUUCGUGUGGCAUGACCUUGAUCGAUAUAGGAUGCUGAGCUGUACAAACGGACUAGAGAGAGAAAUACUGCGCAAAGUCGGUGAUCGAGGCGAGGGAGAGAUACGGGUUCAAGGUGAUGAGGAGACCUACUAUUUGGGUCAGUUUUGCAUGCUGUGGUUGCAGGCGCUUUGCUGACACCGCAUGUCAAUAUUUCAAUGGCUGUGUAACUACCGGAUCAAGUACUUACCUUCGUCCGGUUCAAAUUUCGAGGCUGUUCGAUGUAUAUUGGUACACCAAAUCUGCACGCUGCAUAGUACGUAGCAGCACUCCCAUGCAAAUCACCAUUGCAUGACCGACGGGAACGUAAGUUCCGUGAUAUUGGCUGCGUAAUAUUGUUAUAAUCAACAACCCCUGGGCGUUGAUAGUGCCUAAAUCAAAGUUUUUUCAUCUCAGUAAGCAGAUUUUUGAACGUUCGACAUCAAAGCCGAAGGCAUGUUCAGA